UCACAUUCUCUCCUAAGUAGGCUUCACUCCAACCCCUCUCUGAGCUCUCUCUCUCUCAGAUUAUUCCUUCGGAGAAGAAGCAUAUUCCGGCGCCAUAUAAAUUCCCGGCAAUUCACUCUUAAUUUUAUUUUAUUAAAGUUUCCAGUGAAAAUUAGUCUACAAUUUCUAGUUUUUUCUCUUCUUUAGAUUAUUAGAAUUUAGUCCAAAAUCCUUAUUUCAGUCUCUCAAUUACGAAUUUCAGCGUGAUUACAUACAAGUUCUAUAGCUGGUUUUUGAGUUUAUGAGAUUGCUUCAUCCAUGACUCUUGGAUUUUUCUGUCAGUGAACGAAUAGUCUGGUGAAACAUCCUUUUUUUUUUUUUUUUUGAAGGACAAACUCAUGAUACGAUUUCACCCUUUCUCCCUCCAAUUUUUUGCUAAAAACCCUAAUUUCUAGCUUGAUAAUUCGUCAAUGACCUAGCAGCUCACAGUUUUCAGUUCAAAACGUCGUUUUGAUUUUUGAAUUUUCAGCUUUGUUGUAUUCUCGACCACCAAUUUCUCUAAACUGUUCACAGUCAAAAGCAUAUAUCAAACAGUAAAGCAAAGCGCGUUUAUCUUCUUUUUCACCUUGAAUACUUGUUCGCGCUUCUUCAUCAAUGGCGGAUUCAGAUAACGAAUCAGGAGGUCACCACAACUCCCAAAACGAAAGUUCUCUUAGAGAGCAAGACAGGUUCCUUCCAAUUGCAAACGUGAGCAGAAUCAUGAAAAAAGCUCUUCCUGCUAACGCAAAGAUAUCAAAGGACGCGAAAGAAACAGUCCAAGAGUGCGUAUCCGAAUUCAUCAGCUUCAUCACCGGUGAGGCAUCUGAUAAGUGCCAAAGGGAAAAGAGAAAGACGAUCAACGGCGACGAUUUGCUUUGGGCUAUGACGACACUUGGAUUCGAGGAUUAUGUCGAGCCAUUAAAGAUUUACCUGCAGAGAUUUCGUGAUAUGGAAGGGGAGAAGACUGCAUUGACUGGAACCGGAAGAGGAGAAAAGGAGAUUGGAGGUAGUGAGGGGGAUGGCAGUGUUGUGAAUAUGGGAAAUAGUGGGGGUGGAUAUGAAGGGAUUUAUGGUAUGAUGGGGCAUCAAGGACACGUGUACGGAUCCGGUAUGUAUAAUCAGAUGGGCGGUGGUGGUGGAUACGGGAAGGAUGGAUCGGGUCAUCACAUGGGCUCUGGGCCGUCUUCUGCUACAGGAAGGCCCAGGUAGCUGCUUGACUUUCUUCUUUCCUUCAUAAUUAAUUUAGAUAGACUAUGAUGAUGAGACAUUGAAUAUAUAUUAAAGUAUACAUCUAUUAUAUGAAUGAGUUUGAUUUCGAAAUUGACAUUAGAAUUUAGAUGGUUCUGGGUAUGUUUUAUGCUUCCUGCUUUAGAAUUUAAUGCGCUGUCCGUCCGGGUCUAUUCCCUUGUAUGGAGAGGGACCAUUUCGAUUAAAUUACCUUUUAUUUGAGGUGAA